AUGAGGGCCCUGGAUGGGUGCUUCAGACUACCGGCGCCUACAUCACGCUCCACAGAGGUGAACAGGGAUGUCAUCGUCCGCUUCCAGAAUGGGCCGGACAGGCAAGCGUUCCUAAUGUCGUUGUGGAACAAAUCACCAUACGACUUCGAAGGUCACACGCUAACGUUUUAUCCAGACCUAUCCAGGGCAACAUUGGAGUGGCGCAGAUCCUUAAAACCGCUGACAACAGAACUGGUACGACACAACAUACCUUAUAAAUGGAGCUCCCCAAAAUGUUUACUGAUACCCCGGGACUCAGGGAACUUAAAAAUCCAAGAGGCCACGGAAAUCAAAAGCACCUUGCAGCAACUGGAACUGCCCAUGACACCAGAGGGAACGAUACCGACAACCCAAGUGCCGCAACCACACACCUGGGAUCCAGCUAAGGUUCACUCAUUUGUGCCGGCUGCCAAACAAAGCAACUCUGCUUCGGCAGCUAUAUCCUGA